AACCUUUGCUGCUGCAGAUCAACGAAAUAUCAUUCCAAACAUUCUUAUCCUAUUUUUUGUUUCGAGCAUCACAGCAUUAUGUUAUUAUAUUUUUAUUCAGAUAUUUGUUUUCAUAAAAUGAGUUGAGUAGGAGAUGGCAGAGUUUCCAGGAUAUAUUCGUUACUGCUUGAACACAGGGAAACUUCUCCUUUUAGCAGUUUUGGUCCUUGGAGGAGUUGUCUUGCACAUUUUGGCAUGUGCGUUAUAUAAAAAUUGGUGGCCAAUGCUAACCGCUAUAACAUAUGUGAUUCUUCCAGUACCUUUGCUCUUCUUUGCGGGAUCUGAACGUUCUUCUGUAUUUUCUGAAUCAGAUAACACCUGGGUGAAUGCAACCAAGUUCAUAAGUGGGGUAUCAGCUGUUGGAAGCAUUGCCAUUCCAGCCAUAUUAAAGCAUGCUGGUGUUAUCAGUUGGGGAGCACUUGCUAUGGAACUCUCUUCAUUCUUUGUGUUUGUAUCUGCCAUAAUGUUUUUCAUAAGGAUGAACGAUGAAGAUGAUUAUAGUAUUCUUUGAAGUGAGGGCAUGAAGGCUUGCUUCUUCCUCUAAAAAAAAAGUAUUUAUUUACUUUGCAGUCGAUUUUUUGUUUGUAGAAGCGUCAUUUAGUUUUUUUUUACAAAACAAAUUCAUCACCUUUAACCCAUUUGAAACGAAGAGCCCUGUUAAAUGGCGUUUAACAUUUAACGCUCUGCAGAGACCUCAAAGUUAGAGGACCAGAAUUGGAAGGUUUUUCAUCCAAAGCAAUCUGAUUGUAUCAUGAGUAAACUUUC